GCGACUUUGUUCAGAUCUGCGUUGACUUUAAUCAGACACUGCGUGAUUGAUUGGUAGCUCAUGGAGGGUGUUCAGAAUAAGGGGGAGGUUAUCCUUGAACGUAAAACUUGUCACGUGAUGUCAACAAAAUGGAUUGGGGCUGACAGGCACAACUUGAAUUGACUAGGCUAAGUAUACAGGUUGUAUCUCCAUUUCUAGACAACUCAUUAAAUACAGAGAGAGACUGCAGUAAAGUGUGACCUGGAGAGAUGUCUGGUGAGUAUGAGAGACUGGUAGAGACGUCAGUGACCCCCAGCCCCCCAAGGGACGGGGGUGAGGCUCAGCAGGAGACCCAAAGCCCUCCCCAGGGGACCCAAAGCCCUCCCCAGGAGAAGACAGGGAGCAGUGUCAACAUGGAUCUAAACACUGAAGAGUCACCUUCACAGGGACAACCCCUCAGGAACCCCGCGGCUGUGAUAAGGACAGACGGAUAUGUGGAGCUGCUGAGAGGGAGGGUGCCUUGUCCCACCUGUCGAGGGGCGGGAUCUAUACCUAAAGAGCAAGAAAACCAGCUGGUGGCCCUGAUUCCUGUCCAAGAUGACAGACUGAAGCCCAGACGGACGUGUCUGUGGGUUUCCCUGGCUAUCAUCGGCUGUCUUCUAACUGCAGGACUACUGAUAUUUUUUAUGUUUCCAAGAGAUGUUAAAAUCAGCAACAAUGUUAAACUUCUCCUGCCAAAAAAUCUAACCAUUGAUCUCAAACAUGAGGCGGUCAAUUUCAUUGUUGAGAAUCCCUUCAAUAUUACAAACUCUAAUUAUUUUCCUGUGAAAAUAUCAUCGGCCACAAUGUCGGUGGUGUUUGCAGAGAAAGUGCUGAACACAACUACUCUGUCCAUGGAUAAGACUGUCCAAGUCCGCUCUCACAACUCCUUCUCAAUUCCUAUAGGUAUAGCCUUCAACAAACAGAAUGGACUGGCCCAGUUAGUCCAUGAUUGUGCAGAACCGUACCCAUUCUAUCACAGACGAGUCAUGUCCUUUUCGGUCACUGCCAGUUAUAACUUCCUGGGUCGGGAUGAGGAAGCAUCAUUAAACAUGUACACCCAAGUCAGUUGUGGGAAUGAUACACUGCGAGUGCCGUGAGACCGUGUUGUCUACAAUAAGACUGCUCCUGCCUCUGUCGUCAGGAAGUGCCAUUCUGGUUACUAAUUUCAGGGCAUUGUCUUCUUUUUGUGUUUUUAAAUUUCAUUUUCAAGUUUAUUUUGCAGUAAUGUUAUUUUUAUAAGAACAAGGAUAUGGAUUAAUUUGUAAUCAUGUAAUUGUCACAUUUACGUCCAGUAUAUGUGACACACAUGUAUUGUAAUGCAAAUAUUUUUAGCCUGUGAUAUGGUUCUUGUAAUGUAAUGUAACAAUGUAAUACGCAACAAAGUAAUACCACAUGUAUUUGUGAUUUGUGAUAUUAUACCUCGUGUCAAGAUGUGUUCACUAGUCCACACUUAACUGUCCCUAUCAGAUCUGUAAGUAUUGUACCAGCCAGCUCAUAUUUCCUAGUGAGAUAUUUUACUGUAGAAAGGUUUACUUACAUAUGCUUGUAGGAAAUUUAGUGAAUUCAUGGCUUCUUUUACUGUGCUUUGUAUAUAGAACUGUUUUAAUUCUUGUUGCACAGUGGUAUAUAGAUAUACUGCUGUAAUCUUGUUAAUGUGAGAUUACAGGGGCAGGUUGAUCAAGUUUUUGUGCUGGCAUUGACAUGUAGGGCUUAACUAUUUCACUUCGAUUCAACUGAUCUGUUUUAAUUUCAGUAAUUAUAACUGAAAGUGGCAUGGGAUACCUCCAUAAAAUAAACAAUAAAAUCAAGCAUCUUCCUCAACAAAAAUUGUUACCAGCUUAUCGCAAUACUUUAGAGUGUUAACUGCUAUUAGGCUGUAAGUCAUGAGUUUGAAUCACACUGGUGCUUAUAAAUUUUACCUUACCGAAAAAAUAUAUUAAAACAUAUUUUUUGGUCAAUUGUGGUAAAAUUUGAAAAUUCUAAAAUGGUAAAAGUACAAUAUAUUUUUAUUAUAAUGUACUUUUAUCCACAAUAAUAUCCACGGGUGUCCAGUACCACCUUAAACUUUAUUUUGACAAAUCAUCAUGUGUAGAUCUCGAAGGGAAUGGGUUCCCUUUGGAAAAUUUAAAUUUAUUAAAUUU